CUUUCGCUCUCAAAUCGGCACGCACAGCUUUUGAAAUCUUUUUAUUUGAAUUUGUCCAGUAACCCAAAUGGAUGACGUGGCAGCAAAGGAGCGUAGGAUUCUCGUGGCCGUCGAUGAAGGCGAGGAGAGCACGUAUGCACUCUCGUGGUGCCUCAAGAACGUGAUCUCCGACAAUUCCAAAGAUACCCUUAUCUUACUCUACGCCAAGCCUCCGAGACCCGUCUUCACUGCCCUUGAUGGCACAGGGUUUUUGUUUUCGUCGGAUAUAACGUCGGCCAUGGAUAGGUACGGUAAUGAGCUGGCGGAGUGCAUCAUAGAAAAGGCGAAGAGAAUGUGCAAGGACCUUCAGGAUGUUAAGGUGGAGACGAGAAUAGAGAGCGGUGAUCCAAGGGACGUGAUUUGCCAGAUGGCUGAGAAAUUGGGGGCUGAUGUGUUGGUCAUGGGAAGCCAUGGAUAUGGUCUGAUCAAAAGGACUUUUCUUGGGAGUGUCAGCAACCAUUGUGCACAAAAUGUCAAGUGUCCUGUAUUGAUAGUGAAGAAGCCAAAAACAAAUGCAGGGAACAAAUAAAUUUUCUGAUAUUUUACCCCGCAAGAAAAAUAUCAAAAAUUGCGGUUUUGGGUUUUCUUGGAUUUGGUUUGUUUGCUUUUCUUGUUUUUUGUAAAUACAAUGUUGUAAUCUUUGUAUAUAUGAAUUGAGCAUUGUGGA